AUGCCUUCUACCUCCCUUCCAGAAUGUAUCAAAGACGGAUACAAACAUUUAGAACUUGCAGAUCCUACUUUUGACGUACCAGGAAAAAUUGAAUUUUUGUUGGGUGCAGACUUGUACCCUGAGGUAAUAGAUGGCGGGCGGAUGCCUGCUCCUAAAGGUUACCCCGUUCCUUACCAAAGUAGUUUCGGAUAUAUUUUGAUGGGUCCAAUUGAUCUUAAUAGCAAAACACAGCCAUAUGACCAGGUUUCAUCUAUUGUUUCCAAUGAUGCAACCAUUGAACAUUCUCUAGAUGAUCAACUUAGAAGUUUUUGUGAAUUAGAAGAAAUCCCAGUCUAUGCAUCAGUUAACCUUGAAGAAGAAAAAUGUGAGAAGAUCUAUUGUAAUGCUGUAAAACGGAAUCAAGAAGGAAGAUACAUAGUUCCGCUCCCUUUUAAAAUCGAAGAUCCCAAGAUUGGAGAGUCGUAUGGGAACAAGAAGUCGUCGAUCAAAGCUAUGAAAAUAAUGAACAACUAUGAAGUCCAUCCAAAAAAUGGUGUAGCUCAAACUAUUAUGUAUCAGAAGAUGUCCAGUCACUAUCGCCGGAUCUAUAAUCCUAAACCUCGCAUAGACACUGGCACAACUUUUUAUCAAAGACCUAAGCUACACAAUACAUCUAAACAUCAUACUUGGAAUAAAAAAGAAAGUGAAUAUUUCUACAGAAGCAGAGCAAGUCAUCAGUUUCCUCGAGCUCAAGCAAAUGCCGUCGCUACUUAA